UUAUUUUUGACUAUAACGCUUUAUGUAUUCCUACAACCAACUUUGUUUUGCUUACAUGUUUGUUCAUUCAUUUUCAGAUGGCAGCGUAACCAGUCUAAGUCAGAAGAUAUUUUCAGCACCAAACCAGUCUGAGAAUCUACGUCUGCUUCUACGACUAUCUGUUACCGAAGGUGUCCAGGACAUGUACACACAAUUCCACAACAAAACCAAACAACAGGUUUUGGAGAAAUCCCUACAUGAAGCAGAUGCAAUUAUGGAGCAGUUGUCACCUCGAUCAAGAGGUAACACCAAGACAGACAAGGCUGCUGGGAUAUGGACAAGCGCUUAUUGUGAAUUCUACAGGGGCUCUUAGAAACUGCUAGUGCUACAUACUGUGAAAGAUUUAUUUAUAUAACGUCACUGUGUCAUAAAAUGAUGUGCUACAAAACUAUGAUGUAUAUUCCUGUUACUGUUGAAGAAUAUGAAAUAAAUGAAUAUAUAUGUAUGCGCAUUUUUAUUUUAUGUAACUUUUAUGCUGCCCAAUUAUCUGAUCCAGUUUUUUGACGCUUAUUUACCACA